GCAGCGAGAGUGGCAGCUGGACUUGCGAUGCUGCGAGGGACAGGGUGCAGAGCCGCAGUGCCGUAACGGGUAGCGGAGGCAGCCUCCCCUUCCAGCAGCCGAGCCCCUAGCGGAGGCGGAAAACCCUGGGGCGCCAACCCUGGUGGCCGCCUGAUGUCUCCGCCCCAGAGAGGGCUGCACCGGGGAGAACGCCCGGGCGCCCGCUUCGGUCCCCUUCUGUCUCUCGGUUCCUCUUUCCUCCCAAGUAAGGGAAUAAGCGGCUAGAAGAGAGCGCCCUCCGGCAAGCGCGCAACCAAGUGUUGCCUGGUGAGGAAUUCCAGCGUUUCGGGAUUGGCCUGGACUACAGCAGGAACAUGUUACCUGAGGAGUAGCAGAAGUCUUUCACCAGCUGCUGAGAAGUGUCCACAACUGUUAUCAACACUCGAGUGUCCUAGAAGGCUCUGGAAGGCCUCGUUCACUGCACAUCUGUAAUGAGCCAGGCCCUGAUCUGGGCCUCGACUUCUCGCUAGUAACCAGAACUCCAUCUGUGGUCUUGAGGCCAUCAUACUCAGCUGAAAGAUGAGUGAAGGACAAUGGGUCUCCCUCUCAUCAGAAGAAUUUGAUCAACUCCAGAAAUACUCUGAAUAUUCCUCCAAGAAGAUAAAAGAUGUAUUGGCUGAGUUUAAUGAAGGUGGAAGCCUCAAGCAGUAUGACCCACACAAGCCCAUUAGCUAUGAUGUCUUCAAGCUGUUCAUGAGGGCAUACCUGGAGGUGGACCUUCCUCAGCCACUGAGCACACACCUCUUCCUGGCCUUCAGCCAGAAGCCCAGACAAGAGACACCUGACCACCCAAAGGAGGGGGCCAGCAGUAGUGAGCCCAAUGUCUCAGAUUAUAACGCGGACAAUGCUGCCAAAGCAGGUGAGGCGUGUGCUCCAGACACAGAAUCAAAAACAACUAAGACACAAGCACCAUCUAAAGAACUGGAGGCUGCAGCCCCAUGGGGAGACCUGGAUACUCUGGCUUCAAGCUCAUGUGCUCCCACAGUGUACCUGAAGGAUGUUGUGUGUUACUUGUCCCUGAUGGAGACUGGGAGACCCCAGGAUAAGCUAGAAUUCAUGUUUCGUCUCUAUGAUUUGGAUGAAAAUGGACUCCUGGACCAAGCGGAGAUGGAUCAGAUUGUAAGCCAAAUGCUGCAUGUUGCCCAGUACCUGGAGUGGGAUCCCACGGAGCUCAGACCUAUACUGAAGGAGAUGUUGCAAGGCAUGGACUACGACAAGGAUGGCUUCGUGUCUCUACAGGAGUGGGUCAACGGGGGGAUGACCACCAUCCCAUUGCUGGUCCUCCUGGGAAUAGAUGACUCUGGCUCCAAGGGGGAUGGGAGGCAUGCCUGGACCCUGAAACAUUUCAAGAAGCCCACUUACUGCAACUUCUGCCACAUCAUGCUGAUGGGGGUUCGGAAGCAAGGCCUGUGCUGCAUCUACUGUAAAUAUACUGUCCACCAACGCUGUGUAUCCAAAAACAUUCCUGGAUGUGUGAAAACAAACUCCAAAGCCAAAAGAAGUGGCGAGUUUCACCGCAAAUGUGAAUUAUCGACAGUGUGCGACGGUGGGGAACUCAAAGACCACAUUUUGCUGCCUACUUCCAUAUGCCCUGUCACCCGAGACCGGCAAGGAGGGAAGUCUGAUGGCAGUGUGGCCUCCAAGGGUGAACUUGUAACGCAGUAUAAGAUCAUCCCUAGCCCAGAGACGCAUCCCCUGCUGGUCUUGGUGAACCCCAAGAGUGGAGGGAGACAAGGAGAAAGAAUUCUUCGGAAAUUUCACUACCUGCUCAACCCCAAACAAGUUUUCAACCUGGACAAUGGGGGGCCUACGCCAGGAUUGAACUUCUUUCAUGAUACCCCAAACUUCCGUGUUCUUGCCUGUGGCGGAGAUGGGACAGUUGGCUGGAUUUUGGAUUGCAUUGAUAAGGCCAACUUCACAACGCACCCGCCUGUGGCUGUUCUGCCUCUUGGAACAGGGAAUGACCUCGCACGGUGUCUCCGCUGGGGAGGAGGUUACGAGGGGGGCAGCUUGACCAAAAUCCUGAAGGAAAUUGAACAGAGCCCCUUGGUGAUGCUGGACCGUUGGUACCUAGAGGUCAUGCCCAGGGAAGAGGUGGAGAAUGGAGACCAGGUCCCAUACAACAUCAUGAACAACUAUUUCUCCAUUGGUGUGGAUGCUUCCAUUGCACACAGAUUCCAUAUGAUGAGAGAGAAACACCCUGAAAAAUUCAACAGCAGGAUGAAGAACAAGCUAUGGUAUUUCGAAUUUGGUACCUCGGAAACCUUUGCAGCCACCUGCAAGAAACUCCAGGAUCACAUAGAGCUGGAGUGUGAUGGAGUCGAGGUGGACCUGAGCAAUAUCUUCCUGGAAGGCAUUGCCAUUCUUAACAUUCCCAGCAUGUAUGGAGGCACCAAUCUCUGGGGAGAAACCAAGAAGAACCGGGCUGUGAUCCGGGAAAGCAGGAAGAGCGUCACAGACCCAAAGGAGCUGAAAUGCUGUGUCCAAGACCUCAGUGACCAGCUCCUUGAAGUGGUGGGUCUAGAGGGAGCCAUGGAGAUGGGACAGAUCUACACUGGCCUGAAGAGUGCGGGUAGGAGGCUGGCCCAGUGCUCCUCUGUCACCAUUCGGACUAACAAGCUUCUGCCGAUGCAAGUGGAUGGAGAGCCCUGGAUGCAGCCGCAAUGCACGAUUAAAAUCACUCACAAAAACCAGGCACCUAUGAUGAUGGGGCCUCCCCAGAAGAGCAGCUUCUUUUCUCUGAGGAGGAAAAGCCGUUCAAAAGACUAAACAAUAUGCCAAACACCAGCUCUACCUAGAAAGGAAAAAAGGAUCUACACAUGCACACGCACAUGCACACGCACACGCACACGCACACGCACAUGCACGCGAGCACGCACGCACGCACGCAAGCACAGCUGUGACCAGAGGAAGCAAAGCCUCCUUCCAGAGGAAAGUCUAAUCCUGCCAUGCAGUCUACCUAUUUUGAAAAUGGAUCCACUCUUAACAGAGCUGACACCCAUGAAAUAUCCGAAUGGACUCAGGGCCCAUGAAGAUGGGUUGGCUCUUAACAACAACUUUCACAUUCCCACAGGCUUUGGGUAGACUUUGAGCCUGAAAGAGAAAUCUCCCUUUUUCUGCACCACGCUCCUGUAAAGCUCCAGGCUGUAGGUUUCCUGCCUACAUCGAGAUCGGAUGUGGUCAAGGGAAAGAGCUCCAACCCAGAAAACUUGCACAAAAGUCCUUCUGUACAAAAACAAAACAGCCUACAGCUCUCCAAGCAAAAUCCUUGGCAGGGCUCAGCAAGCACAGGAUGGUUUCUUUGCUGUCCUUCAAGCAGCAGCGCCUCCCUUAACUUGCAGAGGAAAGCCAAGAAGCUGUGGAAAGCCAUUUCCAUUCUUGGUUCCCUCUGCUGUCCGUGGGUACUUGUUCGCUUCCUGAAGCAUCUCUUGGUGGCUGUUUUGCUUAGAGAGCAAACAAGGCUGCCCGGGCAGCAUGCUUUAGAUGUGGUAUUUAUUUUCAUAGUUCCUAUGAACACUCAGGCGGGAGAGCUGAGAAAGUGGACUUUAUUUUUCAAGUCGAUGUUAUAAUAUUGUGUAAAAAGGAAAGAAAACAAAAACAAAACAACAACAAAAAAAAAACCACUCUCAGUAUUCUCCACUCCUCACUACCAUACAAGCCAAAGUGUGUCUCUUUGAAUCCCAAGCCCUGGUAGGAGAGACGAUGGGGUGAGGGGGGCUAGGGGCUUUACUGGGAAAACCAGGAGACAGUCUGUCAGGGGAUUCCUUGUUUCUUUGCACAUCCCACUCUCACAGUGUGGCAGAAGGGCCUUCUGAUAGUCUUCUAUGUGUACAUAUGUAGCGUAUAUGGUUGUAUAUAAUAUAUAAAUAUUUAUUUACUGCCGGACUUUUCCUGAUUAGAAAUAAACAUCGUAUGGGAACAGAGCAUGGAAAAGAAAAAAAGAAGGCCCUUACUCUCCCACUGUCAUUUGUUUGUAGAGACACAUUUCUCUGGCUGGUUUCAAGGUUUACGAGAAUUAUCUACAUCUGGGAAGCAACCAUGAAACCCAUGCCAUUCAAGCCUCAUUCCCCCCACUGGUUGAUAAAGAAACUGAGUUGUGGAAAAGUUAAAAGACUUCUCCAUUGUAUCUUGGCUAAGGAGGUUAGACUGUAAAUGUUACUAAGAAGGUUGCUAAUAGACAACCAGCAUCUGGGAAGAGGGUUAUUUCUCGUCACUGAGGAUUGAUGGUACUUGGAUCCAGGUUUCCAGGGAGAACCAUCAUAUAGCAUGUGUGUGGAUGGAGCAAGCCCACACAAGAAAAUGGGAGGUAGAGAAUUAGGCUGAUUUCCAAGUUUUUCAUGGCUUGUCCUACGUGGAGAGAAGUUGGCCUGAUGAACCACCAUGUCACCUCAUCAUGGUCACCAGAUCUUCUUGCCUUGGAUACAUUCCUGGCUACGUGUGUGACUUCUGUAAAAUGUUGCCAACCAGGACAGAACAGUCUUGGUCAUGCUCAGUGGACUUCAGUCAGUUGGUGCCAGCAUCUUCCUCCUCUCUGGAAGACAACUCUAUACACCAUCAUUGGUAGAAAGCAACUUUGCCUCAGCCCCCUGGCUCACCUGGACCUACAUUUCUGUCUCAAAUUUCUCAAGAGGAAAUCUGGGCCCAGUUGACAUCACUCCACUGAGAUGCCUCUAAUCUUGCCACAGACUAGGGAGGGAAUCUGAAGAAUCUGUACAAAUUGAGCCCACCUCUGAAGGAAGUACUCAUCUAAAAUCCAGGGCUAAGACUUGGAACCCUCCUGCUCCACAAACACGCUUCUACUGAGCAAGGGAAACCCCAGGCCACAUAAAGAGCAUCCUGGUGGGAUGCUUGGAAAUGUGACCAGCCAGCUCCCAAGUGACAGCAAGUACUACCUUGGAAGCCACUUGAUUCAGAAACUGAGGCAGGCUCAACGUCAAGGUCACUGAUUCCAAAAUAUUUACAGAAAUGUUUCAGCUCUGAUCUCCCAAGGUUACAGAUAUUGAGACAGUACCAUCAGUAGGUGGAAUGAAUUCCCAGAGAAUCACAAGUCUCUCAAAGGGGCCCUGCAGAGGUUAAAUGUUACUUGAGAGACACAGCCCAAUCCUUUUCAGAGGCACAGUGUAUAAAACUUCAUGGCAUUGCACUUCUGAUUCACUAAUCUUAGUAAGUCCUGUGUUGUUGUUUAAUCUUACCUUACAAAUCAUCUUUUAAACACCACGGCUGUGGUUUCUUAUUGUGUAGCGCAUCAUCCAAGUGACCCCCACACCAAGCUCUAAGGUUAGACGACAAAGUAUUAUUAUCUGCACCCUACAGAGGAGAAUGGGGGCUUACUGCUGUUUAGUAGCUUCUUAAAGCCACAUGGUCAAGGGAGAGCCUGGUCCCGUCUGUCUUAUCCUGCUCAGAUUCUUUCCACGCUGCAGACAUGUUCUCACCUGCCUUCAUGCUUCCACCCCACUAGCAAUAAAAACAAUGAAACCGG